AACCGCAGUGCUGUUUCAGUAUGGCCGGCCGAUUUCUCCGACUGAGUGAAUCAACAGUCCAAAACGCAAGCUUUGAAGGGGGUAAUACUGUGACGGAAGCAAAGGUUGCUGUAGCCAAAGCACUUGGAGAGGACAAAUACAGCAUCGACAUCGUAGAGAAUAGCAGGAUUGUAGAGGGAAGUAGAUUGGUAAAAGAUGUACAGAGCCCUCUACCGGUGGUCGUCCACAAUUCGGACAGACAACUCCCUCCUUGGCUCCAGACCACUAAACAAGACAUGAUGAAUCCAUGGGAAGAGGAACCGAGAUGUUUAAUGUCCUGUAACCAUGCUAUAACACCUGACAACCUCUAUGGCUACUGUUGGAAUGAGCUGACAGAACAGAGAACAUUAUUCAAGUGUUUUGCUGACAAUGACGACGGAGGACGCUGCGACUGGGAAUGGUUCUUUCCGGAAGUAGCUGAAUACGCAUGCUUGUCAAAAGACGAACGUGUUUUGUUUGAAUCGCGUAUAAACCGGAACUGGGUGAAUUUAACGGCGGGAGUACGCGAAUGUCCAUUUUGUCGAUGCGUGUGUGAACGUCAGAAACCAAACGACCCGCGCGUGCUUUGUAUAUAUUGUAGGGAUGCUGGCGAGCCCAACUUUGAGUUCUGUUGGUACUGUCUUUACCCAUGGAAGGAUAACCAUAGCUGCAGUAAGGACUCCGCGCGACAGAUACUCAGCACAUGCGCACGCAAAGAAAUAGUGAAAGUACCCGGAUGCCCGGCGAUAAGAGCGUGUCCUAACUGUAAAAUUUUGAUUGAGCAUAAAGACCAAUGCAAGCACAUGGACUGUCGUAAUUGUCGGACCACCUUCUGCUUUAUUUGCCUACAGGUCAAAGGUCAGAAUGGUUUCUCGUGUGGCUCUUACAACACAAAAUGCGCCGUAGCCCCAAUACAAAAGGUGGCGUAAGCAAAACAUGUGUGAAGAAACUGCUGACGUAAUAUUUCUGAUGAUUACAUAUAAGACGAUGGCACCAAAGGUUGUGAUGUCACAUGAACUAUUUAUGUGUUUUUGUUGGACGUUUAUUACGAGAUAGAAAAUGAUACAAUAUCUUUUUUUAAUAUGUGCUUCGUGGAUACUUAGGCAUCUCUGGAUUAUGUAUAUAACGUAGUAUCAAUAUGUAGUACAUGGGCAUUGCUAUCUGUUCUUGGUUGAAUUUUCUAAUUGCCAUCUUGAUUUGAUGUAUAGGAUGAAGGAUUUGUGAUUCACUGCAUCUAAAUCCAGUCGAAAUCAUUAAUAAAUACAGCAAAAUGCCGACAUAAUAACGAAACCAUCAUUCAAAUCAAAACUGAUUCAACAAGGGCAAUAUCUAAACAAAAGUAUCAAUUUACAAGGAGAUUUCUGUACAAGGAGAUUAAGGACAGGUGCCCCAGAAGAGGAAGCGUCUUCUGCUUCAAUGACAACCGCCAUACAAAUCUAGAUCACGACGACACCCGCCAUACAAACCAAGGUCACGACG